CAUAUUAUUGUUUUAGACAAGAUGAGGAGCAUCGAAGAUAUUCAAGAAGAAGCGCAAGCAACGAAUGACGCAAUUAAGAAGGCAAUUUCCAGCGGAGACUCUUCCGUGCAGAAGUUUUACGACAACGCUGUGGUCUUUGUCACUGGCGGGUCAGGAUUUGUUGGCAAACACAUGAUCGAGAAAAUCUUUAGGUUAUUUAAGGUACACAAUUUGGUGCGAUCCCUUUCGUCGGCGUUAGCGUAUUUCACAAACAAUGAAUGGAACUUCCACGACGCAAACACUCUGAGUCUACACAACAAGUUAUCGGAAACUGACAAAGUAAUAUACAAUUGUGAUAUUUCAUCUGUAGACAUGAAGGAAUUAGUUUUAGUUUGGUGUUACGGAGUUAUAAAAUAUAUCGUGAAAGAAGACAUGGAGAACAGAAGUUACGCCUUAUGGAAGCAGUCGGUGUUGAGAAUAGUACAUUAUAUAGUACUCCCAUUGUACUUGUACGGGUUAUUUAAACUGACGUCGGCUGUCAUUAAGUUUAUAUAUUUUGUUGUUGUCAGUACUUAUUUGUAUUAUUUUAAAUUGGGAUAA